GUGCACGCCUUCAGCCGAACAGGUGCCAUAAACAAGCGAUAGGCUUCGGCGCGGAGGCGGCGGACGCGCGUCAAGCACGUGAUCUCUGCGGGUCACCGUCCAGGCACCGACCUCUCAGGAAACCCGAGCGCAUUCAAGCUGACGUUCAGUCCACGUUUGACAAAUCCUUCCACCUGUUUCCAGCGUUUUGACUCCGUCCAAUGGGGACGAACGACGGGACUGGAGGCGGAGAGAAGAGGGAGAAGUUGGAGGAGAGAGUGAGAGACGGAUUCGGAGAGACGCCGAGCUGUAGAUUGAGUGGAAGUCGGUGGAGUCACACAUUAAAUCACACACUUCGUUCAUCUGAGGCUGUUUGACGCCUGGCUUCGCCUUCCUUUUUCUCUGUUUUUGGUCUUUACUCGCCGUUUCGCGGCUUGUUUUUCCGCUGCCCAUUCCUGACGCGCAGCCACAGGUUGAGCGGACGAAUCCGCCGAGCAUGGAUGAUUCCUCCCCGCGUCGCGUCGGUCGCCGCUGACGGGCUUCGAGAUGGGCAUCGGCGGCGGAGCGGCGGUGACGCGGCGGGGCGCGAUCUGAGCGCGUCGAGGGACGGAGUCCACAUCUGUGCGGGGAGCGGCGCGCGGAUCGGAACCUGUGGUGGAGAGCGAACCCGUGCGAGAGGAGGCGAGGCGAGGCGGAGGAGGGAGGAUGGGACGGAUGGCGGUGACAACAUGAAAAAGAAAAAGUGCGGAGAUCUGUUGUGAUCCAGCCCGUGAUUUACCAGAGCUAACCUGGGGGACAGGGACCGGAGAGAGAAGAGGUAGGAGACAGGUGACCAUGGAGCCCCCCCCCUCCCUGAGCCUGGCGCUGCUCGGCGGGAGCGAGGACGAGGACCAGCGCUUCCUCUUCCCCCUCGGCAUCAUGUCCCACCCGUCCACCGCCGGCGCCCAGCCGGGGUCCAACCACUCCAACCACAUGGGAGGCCCGAGCCCGGAGCGCCUCAACGGCAGCGCCGCCGCGCCCAACCCGCCGCCGGCGCCGCUGCCCAGGCCGCCCGGGUCGUCGUCGGGCGCCCAGCCCCUGCCGCCGCCCGUCCCCAACGCCCUGCACCCCAGCAGCACCCCGCUCUCCUCCUGCCUGGGCUCGCAGCACAGCCUGAGCGGCGACUCCCCGGUCUACAACGCCCUCUUCUACUCGUCCCACUCGCCGUCCAUGGAGCGGGAGCGGGACAGGGAGCGCGAGCGGGGCUGCAAGCACCGGCAGGCCAGCCCGCUGGUCCACCGCCGGGACAGCAACCCCUUCACGGAGAUCGCCAUGAGCUCCUGCAAGUACACGGGCGGCGUCAUGAAGCCCCUGAGCCGCCUCAGCGCCUCCCGUAGGAACCUCAUAGAGUCCGACAGCAGCAGCGAAACCAAAGAGGCUGGCGUCUCCGCUGUCGCCGGGGCGGGGGCCGCCGGGGGGCACGACCGGCAGCGGGAAGCCCCGCCCACCUCCUCCGUGGCCCAGGCCUCCGCGAACCCGCCGCCCGCCCAGAGCCCCCCGGAGAUCGUGAUUUCAUCCAAAGAAGACUCGCCGUACCCCCGCGGGGGCUACGACAUCACAGACUCCACGUCCAACCAGAUGUCCAUCUACCACCAGAACCACGCGCUGGUGGAGAGCCGGCGGGCGCAGACGGGGCGGGGGAGCCGGCAGGGGGGGGCCGGGGCGGUGGGCACCGGCGCCAGGGGCAGCACCUCAAAGGCCCCCAAGCGGAAGAACCAAAACAUUGGCUAUAAACUGGGACACCGCCGGGCACUGUUCGAGAAGAGGAAGCGGCUGAGCGACUAUGCCCUCAUCUUCGGGAUGUUUGGCAUCGUUGUCAUGGUGAUUGAGACUGAGCUGUCGUGGGGCGUGUACACAAAGAGCUCCAUGUAUUCUCUGGCCCUCAAGUGUCUGAUCAGCCUGUCCACAGUCAUACUGCUGGGCCUCAUCAUAGCCUACCACGCACGGGAAGUCCAGCUGUUCGUCAUCGACAACGGGGCGGACGACUGGCGCAUCGCCAUGACGAUGGAGCGGGUGCUGCUGAUCGCCCUGGAGCUGCUGGUGUCGGCGGUGCACCCGGUGCCCGGGGACUUCAAGUUCCAGUGGCGCGCGCGGCUGGCCUUCUCGUACGCGCCGUCGCAGGCCGAGGCCGACCUGGACAUGGUGCUGAGCGUGCCCAUGUUCCUGCGCCUCUACCUCAUCGCCAGAGUCAUGCUGCUGCACAGCAAGCUGUUCACCGACGCCUCCUCCAGGAGCAUAGGGGCCCUGAACAAGGUGCAUUUUAACACCCGCUUCGUCAUGAAGACCCUCAUGACCAUCUGUCCCGGGACGGUGCUGCUGGUCUUCAGCAUCUCCCUGUGGAUCAUCGCCGCCUGGACCGUGCGAGUGUGCGAGAGGUAUCAUGACGCCCAGGACGUGACCAGUAACUUCCUGGGAGCCAUGUGGCUUAUCUCCAUCACGUUCCUGUCCAUCGGCUACGGAGAUAUGGUUCCUCACACAUACUGUGGCAAAGGAGUCUGUCUGCUCACAGGAAUCAUGGGCGCGGGCUGCACGGCUCUGGUGGUUGCCGUGGUAGCCAGGAAGCUGGAGCUGACCAAGGCCGAGAAGCACGUGCACAACUUCAUGAUGGACACGCAACUCACCAAGAGGAUAAAGAACGCGGCGGCUAACGUGCUGAGGGAGACCUGGCUCAUCUACAAACACACAAAGCUGAUGAAGAAGAUCGACCACUCCAGAGUCCGCAAGCACCAGCGGAAAUUCCUCCAGGCCAUACAUCAAUUACGCAGUGUGAAAAUGGAGCAGAGGAAGCUCAGCGAUCAGGCCAACACACUAGUGGACCUCUCAAAGAUGCAGAGCGUCAUGUACGAGCUCAUGUCGGAGCUCAACGACCGCAGCGAGGACCUGGAGCGCCAGAUGCUGUCCCUGGAGCAGCGGGUGGAGCAGCUCACGGCCGGGUUCAGCGCCCUCCCGGCCCACCUCUCGGCCACGCUCAGCGCGCAGCACGCCGCCCUGGUCCACCUGCUCCGGGAGAGGGACGCGAGGGACAGUAGCAGCAGCAGCAGCAGGGGCGGAUCAGGGGGCGCCGUGGUGCCUCUGUCCCCGGCGCCGUCUCUCACCACCGCUUCGGCUUCGGUUUCUCCGGUCCAGGUCACGGCCGCAGCACCAACCCCGGCCCAGGUCCCUACUUUAGCCUUGGAGUCUCCGCUGUCGCCCCCGCCGCUGAGUCCAGAGGCGGUUCUGGAGGCGAGCCCCAGCCCGAACACCUGCACCUCUAGCUGCUGAGGGCAACUGUGAGCGACGCGAAGGGGACAAACGUGGACGGAUAAUUGGAGAGAGGGGCCCGCGCUAGUCCUGUCUCCUCAGACUAAUAGCAGACGAACGAGGUGGGAGGAGGGCGAGAUGAGGUGGUCCUCCGAAACUAACGCAUCACGAGGGAGCGAUGAUGACAGGACGAAGAAGAAAAAAAAAAAGUUUGGCGAAGAAAUAUUGAGAAGAAGAUGGAGCGUUAGAAUGAAUGAUGGGACUUGGGGGCGCUUUCCUUGACAAGGGAAGGAGAAGACAAAUGGAGAUAAAAUGGAGACUCUAAAAGGUGUGAGGCAGAGGAAGGAUGUCAAGAGGUUGAGAAAUUGAGGUAGAGAGGAUAAGAAGGGGCAACGAGAGAGGAGGAGAGAUAAUGAGGAAUAAUUAUGAACUCCGAACUCCUAAAUGGAAUCUACUCCAAUUACUAAAAAGGCCUUUUAUUCCCAAUCUCUCUCUCCCUUCAUCAGGAAUUAAUGACCAUGACUUUUUAUCCUUAUGAUGUAUUUUAUAUCUGAAUGCUAAUUGUGUGUUAACAAGCAUCCCUUUAAUAGAAGGUUCAAUCAAUAAGACCACAAUAAAAAAAAAGACUAGUGGCAUGCAAAGACCGCACACGCACACACACAAACACACACACACACACGAUACUGACUCAUCAUCCAUGCAAUACAAGGUAACGCAGCACAAACAUAAUGACACCGUCGUUCACGACACACACUCCUACCAACAAACAAAUAAAUGCACUAGCCCACAAAAGAAGCCUAUACUGCCAAGCACUCAGUGCAACGUGAGUCUUCACCGGCCGCUGCCAAACAAUGUAGACGCACCGUAAAGCACCGCUCGUCCAGUCUCAUUCGGCGGCUCGUGGGCGUGAGCUGAUGCAGUAGUUCAGACGUACAAUGAACCGCCGUGGCCCCUCAGCCGCUAUUUCACAUCUGCUUCACUGAAACGGGUUUGAUUUCAUUCAACGUGGGCCCCCGGUGCUAAUGAAAAACCUGGGGAAAAACGCGCGCCAGCUGUUUUCAGGUGCAUUAAUACUGGAAGGGGCUUGUAGAAGAGCGGGUCAAUAAUACACGUUUAAGGUGACGCAUCAAUCUGCUCGAUUCAUUCUGAAGACGGCUUUGAAACCGUUUCUGAAGCAACAACACAGAGCUUUGCACAAACUUGAUGUUCCGCAUUUAGCAAACCUUCAUUACUAAAACAUUUUCUGGAGCCUGUCUAUCCUGAGGCAUACCAAAAUAACAAUCAAAACUAUCCAUCAAUAAUAGAUGCUCAGAUGUUCCUUCUGCUUAGACAUGACCCGAGUCAGUGGACGUAAGAGGGUCUGUUGUUUAGCUUUCACGUUCUCUUACUUGUCUAGGUUUUACAUCAGUAAUUGAAGUGACGACUAAAAUUCCAACCGCGUUGCCGUGAGUCCAUGUGGCUCGUGUGCCUCCUUAUGAAUGGCUGCACCUACUGCCAUGCUUCUGAGCUCGCAGCCCCAAAACAACAACUGUUAUCAUGAAUGUAUUCCGUGUAAAGCAACACACUCAAACACUCGGGCUCGCUCAAUCACUUAAACUGCCACGCAGACACAGCAGCAGACGCCCACACGCGCGCACACGCAGAUAUACACACACCUCGAAAACCAAAGUGCUCUCUCUUAAAUGGACUUCAACAAGAGGCAGGGAACACUGCUGUCACUGGGGACAAAAGAUAGCAGGAGGCGUUGCAGAUAUCCUGACAAUAUUUCUGAGGGAAUAACUGUGAAACUCUGGGCAUGGACUGCAUGGGUGUACGCAGACUACUCACACACCAGGCUGGAGUGCAGAUGAACACAAGGGAACACAAAUAAAACUUACAAAGGAUAAAUGGCCAUGAAGGAACAGCUGUUCGUGAAAUAAAUAAAACAGAAAGAGAGACUGAGGUAUAUCUGAGAGGAAUUAUAAUGGUGUGAAACGAGACAAGCCUAUCCUCGUUUGGGAAACAAUAGUGAAAACUGUCUUAUAGCGACACGCCGUGGCCGGAAUACUGAACUACACACGCUUGGACUAUUGUACAGUAUGCUGUUAACGAAAUCUAGCUUUGUAUCGCUUAGUCUUUUCUACCAUUAUGAUUAAACGCAGUUAUAGCUGAUAUCUAAUAUUACUAAACUAUAGUAUUAUUCUCAUUCGUCAUGACAAUUAUAAUAUAUGUAUUAUCAAUACGUUAAAUAAUUAUGAACAAGGAAAGUGCCGUUUGAGGUUGAAAUUAUUUUGUAAUUUUAUUUUAUCAGAGAGAAUUAAUAAAGUAUAUAUCUAUAACA